CCCGCCCCAGAGAGGCGGUUCGCAGGGCGGGGCUCCCCCACCACCUCGGGGAGGCACCCCUGCCCAGCACAGUCUGAGCACAGCCAUGCACCCUGCCGGGGCGCUGCUGGCCGUCUGCGGCCUGGUCCUGGGUGUCUUGGGGAAGCCUUCACCAGACUUUUGCUCCCAGAUCCUUAAGACAGAUGUGAAACCAGGAUUUCCCAAGACCAUCAAGACCAACGACCCGGACGUCCUCAGGGCGGCCCGACACAGCGCUGAGAGCUUCAACAACUGCAGCAACGACGCCUUCUUGUUCCGGGAGUCCCGCGUCAGCAGAGCCCUUGUCCAGAUAGUGAGAGGCCUGAAGUUCAUGCUGGACAUGGAUAUCGGCAGAACUACCUGCAAGAAGACCGGGCAUGCAAACCUGGAUGACUGCAGCUUCCAGACCAACCACACCCUGCAGUGGACCCUCAGCUGCUACUCUGAAGUCUGGGUCAUCCCCUGGCUGCAGACCACCGAGGUGUCCGUGCUCCACUGUCACUGACUGCCGCCUUCCAGCUCCAUCCCUGUUGUUACCCAUCCUCGAGAAUGGCACCUGCCAGGAAUACAGUGGUGGCGCCAGGAGCCCACGGACAGCCACGUCGUCGCUGGGACAGGAAGCCAGUCUGCACAGAUGGGGCGAGUCUUCUGGUGCGAGUUACAAGGGUUCUCGACCCCAAGGGCCCUCCCACCCAACUGCCCCGAGGUCCCAGGCCCUCGAGGAAAGCCCAGAGGGCUGUUCUUCAGGCUGAAUAAUCAUCCCAGCACCGGGCAGGGACCCGACCAGCUCAGUCACAACCUCCGAGGUGAACACGUAGGAAUAAACCUGAAUAAAGAACUGACCCCCUUGAA